AUGAAGGAGACGGACCGGGAGGCUGUUGCAACAGCGGUCCAAAGGGUUGCUGGGAUGCUUCAGCGCCCGGACCAGCUGGAUAAAGUGGAGCAGUAUCGCAGAAGGGAAGCCCGGAAAAAGGCCUCCGUGGAGGCCAGAUUGAAGGCAGCCAUCCAGUCUCAGUUAGAUGGAGUGCGCACAGGCCUGAGCCAGCUCCACAAUGCACUGAACGACGUGAAGGACAUCCAGCGGUCCCUGGCCGAUGUCAGCAAGGACUGGAGACAGGGCAUCAACACCAUCGAGAGCCUCAAGGACGUGAAGGAUGCUGUGGUGCGGCACAGCCAGCUCGCUGCUGCUGUGGAGAACCUCAAGAACAUUUUCUCAGUGCCAGAGAUUGUGAGAGAAACCCAAGACCUCAUAGAGCAAGGGGCGCUCCUGCAGGCCCACCGGAAGUUGAUGGACCUGGAGUGCUCCCGAGAUGGGCUGAUGUAUGAGCAGUACCGUAUGGACAGUGGGAAUACUCGUGACAUGUCCCUCAUCCACAGCUACUUUGGGAGCACACAGGGGCUCUCUGACGAACUGGCGAAGCAACUGUGGAUGGUGCUACAGAGGUCACUGGUCACCGUCCGCCGUGACCCCACCUUGCUGGUGUCAGUUGUCAGGAUCAUUGAAAGAGAAGAAAAGAUUGACAGGCGCAUACUUGACCGAAAAAAGCAAACUAGCUUUGUUCCUCCGGGAAGGCCCAAGAAUUGGAAGGAGAAUAUGUUUAAAAUCUUGGAUAAAACUGUAAUUACCAGAAUCGAGGGCACACAGGCCGACACCAGGGAGUCCGACAAGAUGUGGCUCGUUCGCCACCUAGAAAUCAUAAGGAAGUACGUCCUAGAUGACCUCAUCGUUGCAAAAAACUUGAUGGUUCAGUGUUUUCCUCCCCAUUAUGAGAUUUUCAGGAAUCUCUUGAGCAUGUACCACCAGGCCCUGACAAUACGGAUGCAGGAGCUUGCAUCGGAAGACCUAGAAGCAAAUGAGAUUGUGAGCCUGUUGACUUGGGUUUUAAACACCUACACGAGCACAGAGAUGAUGGGAAAUGUGGAGCUGGCCCCGGAAGUGGAUGUCGGCACCCUGGAGCCUUUGCUUUCUCCAAAUGUGGUCUCUGAGCUGCUGGACACGUACAUGUCAACUCUCACUUCAAACAUCAUUGCUUGGUUGCGGAAAGCUCUAGAAACAGACAAGAAAGACUGGAUAAAAGAGACUGAGCCUGAAGCUGACCAAGAUGGGUACUACCAGACAACACUCCCGGCCAUCGUCUUCCAGAUGUUUGAACAGAAUCUUCAAGUAGCUGCUCAGAUAAGUGAAGAUUUGAAAACAAAGGUACUAGUUUUGUGUCUUCAGCAAAUGAAUUCUUUCUUAAGUAGAUACAAAGAGGAAGCUCAAUUGUAUAAAGAGGAGCACCUGAGAAACCGGCAGCACCCACACUGCUAUGUCCAGUACAUGAUUGCCAUCAUCAACAACUGCCAGACCUUCAAAGAAUCCAUAGUCAGUUUAAAGAGGAAGUAUUUAAAAAAUGAAGUGGAAGAUGGCAUGUCUCUGGGCCAGCCAAGCAUGGAUGGGAUUCUGGAUGCCAUCGCAAAGGAGGGCUGCAGCAGCUUGCUGGAGGAGGUCUUCCUGGACCUGGAGCAACAUCUCAGUGACCUGAUGACAAGAAAGUGGCUCUUGGGAUCGAACGCCGUAGACAUCAUCUGUGUCACCGUGGAAGACUAUUUCAAUGAUUUUGCCAAAAUUAAAAAGCCGUAUAAAAAGCGGAUGACAGCGGAGGCGCACCGGCGCGUGGUGGUGGAGUACCUGCGGGCUGUGAUGCAGAAGCGCAUCUCCUUCCGCAGCCCCGAGGAGCGCAAGGAGGGUGCCGAGAGGAUGGUCCGGGAGGCCGAGCAGCUGCGCUUCCUGUUCCGCAAGCUGGCGUCUGGAUUUGGUGAAGAUGCAGACGGGUACUGUGAUACGAUCAUCGCCGUUGCAGAAGUGAUUAAGCUGACAGACCCAUCCCUGCUCUACCUGGAAGUCUCGACUCUGGUCAGCAAAUAUCCAGACAUCAGGGAUGACCACAUUGGCGCACUGCUGGCCUUGCGAGGGGAUGCCAGCCGGGAUAUGAAGCAGACCAUCAUUGAGACAUUGGAGCAGGGCUCCACACAGCUGUCUCUCCAUGGCUGUCUUCAGUGGUAG